GAUCAAGAUCAGGUGACUUGGCGAGCACUAGGUGAGCUGAGUCAUCAGGCAAAUUGCAGCGCCUAAUCCUUUCCCCCAGCAAGCGACCCAACCAAGAUACCUGCUUCCUUCUCAAGGACCUUCAGAAGAACCGAGAAAACUACGCCAAACCAAAUGUGAGUUUAUCCUCUCAAAUCAAGACACUUCAGGUUGCUCCAUCAUGUAAGAUAUCGACCAAUUCCACCAUCUUAACUCAAUAAACAAAUAAACAAAUUACUUGCAAGACAGACACACCUCACCGAGCCGUUACGCAGUUGACCUUUGCACGUAGUCUGAUUGGCUUCACACCGACAAAACACGUGACUGACCCGGAGGUGGAGCACCUGUCGUGGAGCUUCAACCUGACCUCAAACUUCCGCAACAUCCCUCACCAACUUCUUUUCCAAUUGAGUGUCUGGCCCGCGACUCCGAACCACCCCGCAACCAUGGCCGGCGACCACGAUACGUACCACUCCAAGGACGCCAUCAAGGCGGCCAUCUCCUCCUCCGCCGCCCUUGGUGGUGCCGGCUUCUUCAUUGCCGCUGUCCACAAUGCCCUCCAGAAGCAGAAUGUUGGCGCCAUGUCCGUCUUCACCCGUAGCGGUGGCAUCAUCGCCGUGAUGGCGAUUGGUGGCGGCGCAUACGGCUUCACCAAGUCGGCAAUGGCCAACCUGAGAGAAAAGGACGACCCGUGGAACACCGCGACUGCCGGCUUCCUCGCCGGUUCAAUUCUUGGAAUGACAACCAGAAGAAUGCCUGUCGUGCUCGGCCUGGGUGCUGCCUUCGGCGCAUGGCAAGGAGUGUUCGAGGUUACCGGCGGACGCCUCAGAGGAUGGAACACGGCCGAAGUUGACGAGGUUGAUUUCGAGGGCAAGCUCGCACAGCGCGCUGCCAAGAGACGCCCGAUCGAGGAGACGAUUGCAGAGCUUGGCGAGGGCCGUGGAAUCCGGCCGCCGGGCUACGAGGAGCGGAGACGCGAGCGGCUUAAGGAGAAGUACGGUGUUGAGAUCAACCCCGUCAAGGCGACCGUCGAGUAAAACAAACCCCAAACGAAACAUCAAAACCAUCACCACCACCUGCCCACCACCCAGCCCAGCGAGGCAUGCUCUUUAUUUCCCGUUGCUUGUACAUACACACAGCCUGCGAAUCACGUGGGCACGAGAAGAGGAGUCUCAUCGGCUAGAGGAAAUGGAGAAUUGUACUAUUUUUUUCUCA